CUUAAUUUUUAGCCUGUUGAAUCGACGACCGGGGAUGGCGAGAGGGAGCGCGCAGUCGCAGACGACAACAUCGGCGGGGGGCGGAGCGCGGCCGGCCGGGCUGGGACCGCGGGGGACGCCGGCUGCUGCGGCGGGGAUGAGGCGCCGGCGGCUGGGCGGGGCCGGGGGCGGGGGCGGGGGCGGCGGCUUCGCUGGUGGCGGCGCCGGCGGGAGCAACAUGCUUCGGUUCUACACCGACGACGCGCCCGGGAUUAAGAUGACGCCCACGGUGGUGCUCGUGAUGAGCCUCUGCUUCAUCGGCUUCGUCACCGCCCUCCACGUCUUCGGGAAGCUCUACCGCAACCGAGCCGGCGGUUCUUGAUCCGCCGCCCCCCGAUCCGUUGGCUCGCGCCGGUGUGGCUGUUGGUCAAGGUCGCUUGAUCUCGUCCUCUUUUUUCCAGAAUCAUCGUUUAUUAAUAUUAAUAAUAAUAAUAUUAUUAUUAUUAUUAAGCUUUUAUGGGUGCUUUUGUUUGGUGCUGCUGCUUUGAUCUUAUCGUUUGAAGGAAUUGUACCUUGAGAACCGUUUUCUCAUUUUUGUAGCUGUUGAACGUUUCUGCAGUAAUCUGUUAACUCUUACCUCGAUGAUUGGGGUUUUAGGGUUCCAUGAC